UACAUCCGGCACGCACUCGCACACGCCUUCCCACUUCCCCGGACCCAGCCCUCGGCACUCAAUAAAACCCAGCACGCAAGCAAGCAAGCAAGCAAACAAGCAUGAUCCAGCCCACGCGCAAGCACACGCGCGCGAAUCGAGCGCCGCUGCAAAAGCAACGCUUCCCCCCCCUCUCUCUCCGUCUCCGUCCCCAUCACAUCACUUGUCUCCGACACCGUCACCGUCACCGCGUUUUCUGUUCUGAGAAAAAGCAUCGUGGCGCGCGUCUUCUCUUAGCUCUCUGUUACGGAUCACCUCCUCAUCACUUUGCUCAUUCCCUCACACACGCAUUCACGCACGCAUUCACGCAUUCACGCACGCUUUCGCGCCGCCUGGCCGGCUCAUCCCAGCUCAGUCCUGCUUAGCUCAACUCAGCUCCGCUCAGCUCAUCACUUCGGGGCGCGCCGUCCGCCCCGUCCCUCUCAUCUCAUCUCGUCUCUCACAUCUCCUCGGCUCGUCUUCGUGCUAUGU